AUGGCCGAUUUAGAUUUAGAAAAGAUUGUGCUAGUAGGAAGCAUGAAUCGCGAGCUUCUACAAUCCAUUUGCAAUAUUCUUGAUAUCGAUGAAGCGUGGGAGCAAAUUGCUCCACACAUGCCGGGAAUUCUAAUGAAGGAUAUUGAUGGAUGCAGAAGAUAUCAAAAAAUGAAUAAAAGUCCCACACUUUUAUUGCUUCGAAUAUGGUCUUCCAAAGGUUACACCACGGAUCAUCUUUAUCAACUGUUUGCAAAAACAAAAAUGGUCCGAUGCAUGAGGAUCAUAAUGCCAGCAGUAAGCGAACAUCUUCAUCAUUUGGAGAAGAGGGUGUUGAAUCCAUCGAAAAGUGCUCGAUCCUCGAAGCCGGCUAGCGUAGCAGCUUCAUCGGUGAAAGGGUCUUCCUACGCCACCAGAUUAUCGGAGCAGAGAAAACAGAAUGCUUCAACAACGCCAUCAUCAACAGCUAAUUUACAAUCAACGAGUCAAGCUCCUCUUCGAAUCGCCAUCGAAGGAACUCUACCGGUGUCCUAUGCCGACCUCGAGAUUGCGACCAAUUCGUUUUCGCCGAAAAAUAUUAUCGGCAAAGGCGGCUACGGAAUCGUGUACCACGGCGAUUUGCGUGGCACCGGCGCCGUCGCGGUGAAGCGCAUCGUCGCCAAAGCCGACAACUCGCCGAAUUGCUCGAAAAUCGAGAAGGAGCGCCUCAGGCAGAGUCUUCAAGAGCUUCGCACACUCGCAAGGUUUCGACACGAUAAUAUUCUUCCAAUUUACGCUUACUCACUAGAAGGACCCGAGCCUUGCCUAGUUUAUCAAUUCAUGGCAAAUGGCAGCCUUGAAGAUCGACUUUUGUGCCGAAAAGGAACACUGCCGUUGACUUGGACUCAGAAACACGAAAUUUCUUUGGGAGCCGCGCGAGGUCUCGAUUUUUUGCACACGUUUGCCAAAACGCCGGUGAUUCACGGCGACGUGAAAACCGCGAACAUUUUGCUCGAUAAGCACAUGGAGCCGAAAUUGGGCGAUUUUGGAUUGAGUCGAGACGGACAGAAAGAGAUUGACGUGCCUGAUAAGUGUCCGCUGAUCGCGUCGCAUAUCAAAGGAACGCUCGCUUAUUUGCCGCCCGAGUUUAUCACCUCGAAAAUAUUAUCGACGAAGCUUGAUGUUUAUAGUUUUGGCAUUGUGCUACUAGAAGUUGCUACGGGUCUUCGCGCUUAUUCGGAUACGCGUGAGCCGAGAGGAUUGAUCGAAUUUUGUCAAAAGCAUCGAGAGGACGCGAAUUUUGAUGUUGAUGAAUUACGAAGGAUGAUAAUCGAUAAGCGAACGCCGAAAUAUUCGAAUGAUCGCGAAAAUAAUUUAUUCGAAAUACUGAUUGAAUUGGGCUUAUCGGCUGGCCAGAAAGACCGCACAUUGCGUCCGCCAAUGUCAAAGAUUGUGGAUAUUUUGCAAACUUAUGAUAUUGCAAAACUUGCCGAAUUAUCUUUGGGUUGA